UAGGUAGCCUGUUAAAAUGCCCGAACUCAACACUUCUUUUCCAAGAUGGCGUCGAUGAAGGAUAGCGACACCGGCCUGUGGCUUCAUAAUAAACUAGGAUCAACGGACGAACUGUGGGCACCUUCUAGUAUUGCUUCACUCCUCACGGUAUCCGUUAUCGACAAUAUACGUUUGUGUUUUUCGAGUUUAUCGCCUCCGGUGAAGCUAAAACUCUUGCUUGGGAUGCUGCAUCUCCCGAGGCGGACUGUUGAUGAGAUGAAGGAGGCCCUGUCAGAGAUCAUCCAGCUGGCCACGGUUGACUCCGAGCCGUGGGUCUUGAUGGUGGCAGACAUCCUCAAGUCCUUCCCGGAAACGGGCUCCCUCAACCUGGACCUGGAGGAGCAGAACCCCAACGUACAGGACAUCCUUGGGGAACUCAGAGAGAAAGUGAGUGAGUGUGAGGCGUCGGUCAUGUUGCCCCUGGAGUGCCAGUACCUGAACAAGAGUGCCCUGACCACCCUGGUGGGCCCCCUUACCCCCCCUGUCAAACACUUCCAGCUGAAGAGGAAGCCCAAGAGCGCCACCCUCAGGGCAGAGCUGCUGCAGAAAUCCACAGAAACUGCUCAGCAGCUCAAGAAGACCGCUGGAGUGCCUUUCCACGCCAAAGGUCGAGGUCUGGUCAAGAAGUUAGACACCACCACGCCCCUCAAGGGUAUCCCCAAAGCCCCCUUCCGCAGCCCCACCACCCCCAGCAUGUUCAGCCCCCCCAGCAACCGCACCCCCAUCGCCCCCGCACGCACUCCGCUGCGCAAGGAGAGGGGCGUCAAGUUGUUGGAUAUCUCAGAGCUGGACAUGGUUGGAGCUGGCAGAGAAGCAAAGAGAAGAAGAAAGACUCUCGAAACAGAGGCCGGGGAGAAGGCAGCUAAAGAGGAGGCGGCGGUGGUGGAGAACGCUACUCCAGACUACGCUGCUGGUCUGGUCUCUACACAGAAACUGGGGGCCCUGAACAACGAGAGUGCCCUGCCCUCCACGAGCUACCUGCCCGCCACACCCAGCAUGGUCCCCUCCUCCUCUUACAUUCCCAGCUCAGAGGCACAGCCAGCCAAUGCGGGCGGGUCAGGCCGCGACGCCCUCCAGCUGGGCCGGCAGCCCGAGGAGUCGGCCACACCCGGCGCGGGCGCCGCCACCCUCCCCAACCAGUUCAAGCAGCGGACGCCCAUGUACAACGCCAGCACGGCCAGCCCGGCCGCGCCCACCUCCCCCAGCACGCCAGCCAGCACCCCGGCCAGCAACGGCCCCCCGGCGGCCGCCACCGCCACCCAGCCCGAGACCCCCGCCCAGCCCCCCAGCACGCCGCAGCCCACGCCUCCGCAGCCCCAGCCCAAGAAGAACCUGUCGCUCACGAGAGAUCAGAUGUACGCGGCCCAGGAGAUGUUCAAGACAGCCAACAAGGUGACGAGGCCAGAGAAGGCCCUCAUCCUGGGCUUCAUGGCUGGAUCCAGAGAGAACCCGUGCCCGGAGCAGGGUGACAUCAUCCAGAUCAAGCUGAGCGAACACACGGAGAUCCUGCCCAAGGCGGACGGCACAGGCAGCACCACCAUGCUGGUGGACACGGUGUUCGAGAUGAACUACACCACAGGCCAGUGGACCCGGCUCAAGAAAUACAAACCCAUCCCCAACGCGUCCUGAGAACAGGGCUUGUGGGACUUACUACACACACACACGUUCAUGCACAUACAUGCUCACAGACUCACACUCUUUCGACUCUGUAUGUACAUGGUGUACACACACACACACACACACACACACGUUGGCCAAAUCCAGCUCUUGAGAGGCUGUGGACUUGUAGUUCUUUGUGCCUCUGCGUCGCCAAAAGGCAGAGUCCUUCAAGACUACCAAAACUCUUCUUUAUUUUCGUUUGUUUGUUGUUGUUUUUUCUUUUUUUUAACGUUACUGUUGUGUUACAAAACAACAACAUCCCCGUCAGAUUUCUGAAUGUUUGUGGUGAAAGGGAGGGGGCGGUUCCGACUGGAAGAAGAGUUCUCCUCUUCCUCCCGCGACUUCCUUCCGCCAGAGACGAGACACCCUGGUCCUGUCGUCACGCGUUAUCCCACUGAGCUGCGUGUCUGAUGUAAACACCGCAAAGUUAAAGACUGCCUGUUAUUCAUUUCGAGAAUGUUUGAAUGUGGCGUUUUUUGCAGCUCCUUCCUCCUACUUGUCGAGAAAACGUGGAUGGAUGGUGUGGACAAAUUAAAAUGAACGUCAAAAGUA